AUGGCGAUGGCGAUGGAGCUAGGGUGCUGGAGGACAGUGAUGGAGAUAGGGGACGAGGACAGCGAAGGGACUGGGCUCCCCUCCUGCCCAGAUGCCGCCUUGCUGGCCGCCGUGCCCGACUCACUGCGCUGCUUCUCCCGGACCUUCGAGGAUCUGACCUGCUUCUGGGAUCAGGAGGAUGAACGGCGGGGGCGGCAGCAGCAGGAGGAGGAGGAGGAGGAGGAAGAAGAAGAGGAGGAGGAGCCACGACCCGAGGAGAGCUAUCAGCUGCUCUUCGCCUACCCGGGGGAGGCCCCGCGGUUGUGUCCCCUGAGCGUCUGGCGGUUGCCCGGCGGCGGGGUCCGCUACGCCUGCCAGCUCCCGGGGGAGGACGCCGUGCGCCUCUUCUCCCCUCUGCGGCUCUGGGUGAGGGACCCUGCCGGGGCCCGGAACCACACUCAGCGGGUGCUCAACAUCGAGGCCGUCGGGCUGCCGGACCCACCCAGGAGCAUAGUGGCCACGGCCACCUGCCGGCCUGGGGAGCUGCGGGUCAGCUGGGCGGCCGCGGACGUGGGAUUCGGCGAGUUCUUGAGCCAUCAGAUCCGCUACGGCCCUGCGGGCCCGUCAGAGCCGGCCCACCCCGGGGUCGAGCACCUGGAUCUGGGUGGAGAGAACUGCGUCCUCCUGGGGCUGCGGUCGGGAACCACCUACCAGCUCCAGCUCCGCAGCAGGCCGGACGGCAUCUCACUCAGCGGCUUCUGGGGCCCCUGGUCACCCCCGCUGGCCGUGGAGCUGCCCCGGGAUGCAGCGGAGAUCGGGCUGCAGUGCUUCACGCGGGACAUGCGUUCCGUCACCUGCCAGUGGCAGCGGCGGGAGAACGCCACCUCCGUGGCCGCCUUCUGCCAGGACGGUGGUGAGGGCGGCUGUGCCGGGGUCAGGGACCCAGUCUGGGAGCGGUGCGAGGAGGAGAGGCCAGUGGCCCCUGGAAGCCGGCCCCCGCCACCUUCCCGUUGUCACCUCCAGCCCCGCAAUGACAGUGCCAUCGCUGUGCGUGUGGAGAUGACCCUCUCCCCGGGCGCCAUCCGCAGCUACCUGAGUGCCCCUUUCUGGAUGCAUCAGGCCGUGCUCACCGACGCUCCCCGCCUGAGGUGGACGGAGGUGUCCAGCGGGAGGCUGCGGCUGGAGUGGGCGGCCCCGCUGUCCUGGCUGGCCCAGCAGAUGCGCUAUCAGCUCCGCUACACAGGAGAGAACCUCUCCGAUUGGAAGGUGCUGGAGCCGCCCCCCGGGGCCCUGGAGGAGACCCUGGAGCUGCGGCCCUGGAGCCGGUAUCGGCUGCAGGUGCGGGCCCGCCCCGACGGCCCCUUCCACCGCGGCCCCUGGAGCGCCUGGUCUGUGGAGACGCUGGUGAAGACGUCCCCCGGGGGCGUCUGGGUUUCCAUGGUGACCACCCUGUCCCUGGUGCUGGGCCCUGGGAGCCUCCUGGUGCUGCUACUGCUGCUGAGGCGCCUCCACCCAGCAUCCUACAGGAGCCUGAGGCAGACCCUGUGGCCGUCGCUCCCUGACCUGCACCGGGUCCUGGGGGGCUUCUUCACAGAGACCCAGACACCUGCCAGCCUGCCCAAGGCCCCAGACACGUUGGCCAUCACCACCGUGGAGGAGGAGGAGCCCUGCCUCCUGGAAGUCCUGUCUGAGCUCCCCGAGACCGGCCCUCGCCCGCCGGGACCCCCCGGGCCUCCCCCUCCCCAGCUGGACUACACAGUGCUGCAGCCCGAGUGUGGCCCCGGUGGCCCCCACGGGGAGGCCUGGCCCUCGCCUCACAGUUGGCCCCUUCUCGGGGGAGAUGGGGCUUGGGCCUGGGGCGGGCCUCCCCCGGCAGCUGGGCUCCAUCCUCCUACCGCCACCCUCAUUGCCAACCACUGCUACCUCCCCUUAAGCCACUGGGAUCUGCCCCCAGACCCGGAGGAACCGGGUGCUUUCUAAAACCCUCAAACUUAGAGACCUCCAAUUUUCCCUUCCCCGCCAUUCCCCGCCAGAUCCAUCCCUCUUUCUUUUCUAAAGAUUUUUCCCAUCGUCUCUGCCUUAGCGCCCCGCCUGACGGGGGUUGGGUUUGGGCCCGGCCUUGUCACCCAACUUCUCGCCACGGGCCCCGGACCCUCCCAGAUUCAUCAGACGAGGCCCCGGGGGCGACCUCACCUUCCCACUCCCUAGUCCACCGUGCCCACAUUUCCCAAGAGCUGCUGACUGGCCAGUGAGUCCGAGCCUAGGGAGGGACGAACCCGGUGACGACCUCACCUUCCCACUUUGCCCUCUCCCUAGUCCACCGUGCCCACAUUUCCCAAGAGCUGCUGACCGGCCGGUGAGUCCAAGCCUAGGGAGGGACGAACCCGGUGAGGUGUUGGGGAAGGGCAGACGACUUAGCCAUUCUCCCCUCUGGGUUUGGUCAGCGAUGGCUGAGCUCUGCGGUGAGGGCUCCUGGGGCUGAUCUCUCUCUCGCCCCCACCCAGUUGCCACAGUCCCAGUCUCGGUCACCGACUUGGACUCAAAAAUGAAUCAAUGUGUUCCCCCUCAUACCCUCCCUGCCCAAAAUGACAUCCCUCCUCUCCCUCUCCAACCAUCUCCUCAUC